CCGGACAAGUGCCGUACCCUACCGGACAAUGCCUGAAAUCUACCGGACAAUAGUCCCCGGCGCCCCUUACCGGACAUUUGCAGGCCGCGAUUUGCCAAAUCUUACCGGACACCAUGCACACCAGUGAAAAGCCGGUUCAACAGCACCAGCAUGCUCAGUUUAUGUACUGUAUUGAUUAGUUGUGUGUUAUUACCAAAGCGACAAGAUCCUUGCACAGGGCAGAGCCAUGUCCGAGUCCUACUACUAUGCUGGCAGAGACAGCUUCCACACGUCUGGCGGUGGCUCCAUUGAGUUUGCCGAUAGCAAGGGCAACGUGGUGAACAUGAACGACCACAGCCAUCUGAGCGGCAGGCACAUGCAUCUUAUCCGGCUGUCGCCGGCCCAGUUUGAUGCCAACCCCCAGUCGCUCACCCCGGCGGGCAAGCCGUUUGUGCGCCUGCUGAAAGCCAUGACUAAAUUGCCCACGGUGACUCUUGUGGCGCCGCCCGAGCCGGGCGCGUGGGUGAACAAGCUGGGAGGGCAAGACACCGGCUAGCUUUGGCUGCACAGAGAAGCAGCUGGAGAACGCCAAGAAGUAGGGGAAGUAGAGGGAUAGUGCUUGGACAGUAAACUACAUUGCAGGAUGCCCUUGGUCUGUUGGGCAGUAGCAUGGCGUGCAUGGCGUGCGGGAUAGGUGCACCAAAGCAAGUAGUACGACUGGCGGCGGGGGGCAGUGGGCGGUGAAUGUUGUUGAGUCCUUGCAAGCACUUGUUGGUCGUGAAGCUGGCUUACAUGCGUGUCAAGGUGUGCCAAAGAGUCAUGUUGGUGCUGCAAUUUAUACGGCAGCCGGGUGCCGGGGGGUGGGGCGGCAACCGGGAGCCGGGGGCUGGGGCGGCAGCUGGGCGGGGGCUGGGGCGGCAGCUGGGCGGGCCUGGGCGGCAGCUGGGCGGGCCUGGGCGGCAGCUGGGCGGGCCUGGGCGGCAGCUGGGCGGGGCCUGGUUAGUGCGUGCGCUAUGCGUGUGUCCUGCGGCCUAGACGUUUCCCGGCACUUCUGUACCUAGGCUUGUGGCGAUAAGGCACAGCGGUGGGGCUCUGGCGGGUUGAGGCCUGGCUAGGACUCACAGUGCGCGGAGUCACACAGACUUUGUCCACAGGAGGGUUUGCAGCAAAGUCGGGGUUGGUGGAGUCAAGUUGGGCCCUGAUAGCAUGUGAUUAAUGUGAUGGCUCGGCGUCUUCGGGUGCUGGGACUGUCCCCUCUGUAACUUCCGCAUUCUUAUACAUGCCCGCAUACGACAUAACCAGCGCCCAACACUUAAACCAACACAGCAACGCUGCGCAAUGCCCAGCUGUGCGUGUCUCCAAGCGGGCAGCCCAGCAGGGCGUGUCCUGUGUGCGUGUGCUGUGGGGAAGUAUGUUUCGGGGCAUGGCCUGCUUGUGUGGCCCCAUCUGAGCAGCAGGCACAUGCAUCUUAUCCAUGCCCGCAUCCGACAUAACCAGCGCCCAACACUUGAACCAACGCUGCACAAUGCCCAGCUGUGCGUGUCUCCAAGCGGGCAGCCCAGGGGGGCGUGUCCUGUGUGCGUGUGCUGUGGGGAAGUGUGUUUCCGGGCAUGGCCUGCUUGUGUGGCCCCAUCUGAGCAGCAGGCACAUGCAUCUUAUCCAUGCCCGCAUCCGACAUAACUGCAUACAUUGGAUUAUGUGUCCUAGCAAUGGCAUUACCAGAUCUGGGAAGGGAGCUGGCUGGCAUGCGCAAUGGGGCAGCACUGCUGCAUGAGAGACCCUACAUUCAGCUUCUCAACUUGUUAGUAUGACUCUCUCAUAAGACUCAUACUUUACGCUACAGAUUUAAUACUUACAAGUUGUUAAAUGUAUCGCUGAGCUGUUACAGCCUAUCACCGCCGUUGCAAGCGAUAUCGGCAUGCAGUGUUCCACGUUCACAAACCCUUUAUGAUACUGCACGAUGCUAUUUCAUAGCAACUAUGUUAGACACAAGGUUGCGAGCAUGCUUGAGGGGUUGGCGGAGGUGCUACAAACUUGGUCAAAGUGGAGGCCUUUAUCGCUGACCAUCGCCGACCUGCACAAGAUUCAAGGCCAAACAGGCUCACAGCCCGAUAAUGUAACGUUCUGACUGAGAACUCGCAUUGUAUCAGCUCAAAGCUCAAAGCGUCUACGUGUUUUGCUGUCACGGUCAACAACCAUGCGUUUGCCCUGCCUGCGCUUUCGCACGGGGUCCUAAUAGUUUCAAUCGCUUAUGCAUGGAAAUAUCUGCUUACAAUUCCCCGGCCGCCAUAUCCUCAUGUCAACCUUGGUCUGCGCGCUAGGCAUCGGUGCAUGUGCUGCAUGUCACCAUGCCUGUUGCAACGCUGGUGGUGCUGUGUGUGCAGGUGAUAUGUGCGCAAGCAUGGAGGCGCAUGGGGCCAAAGGAGCGCGACGAGGUAGCCAAAGGGACCCAGGAGCAAGCAAAAAGGGUAUGUGAACAGGGUUGAACAAGGGCAGGGGAGCCGCUGCUACAUGACAAGGGAAUGACUAGAAUGACAGGACAUGCAACGGUGUCUGUAGACACCACAAAAGACGGUG